GGAGUCAACAACAGACAGUGAUGUCAGCUGUCUCCCAGCAUGUCGGUUUGAGGGGGGGGGAGGAGGGUCAGAGUUGGACCAAAAUAAUAAGAGGAACACUCCAAGAAGCUUGUGAGAGCACCAUGACAUUCUCAUGGGUCUGUCAGCUUGUUUGCUUUGUGCAGGAGGGGCCUCCUCCCCCGUCUCUGGAGUGAGCGGCGGUAGAGUAACGUGAACACCCUCCUUAACUCCUAGCGCUGGAAGGUCCAAAGCGUUUCAUUGGCUCGUCUUGGGGGGGGGGAGGGUUUUGCUCGUGGCGAUGCGUCUGUUUGACCCCUGCAUAAAAACGCGCAGGGAGGUUCCUCCGUGUGUCUGUGUGCAAGGCGGAUUGGCAAUGAAGGAAUGAUCCUGGUUUGGAAGAGCGCCAUGCUGGACAUACAUCUCGAAACACUGAACAUGGAGAGCCCUGUGUGAUGACAGCCUAGUCCUUGCCGCAGGCCCGAGUCAGGGCUCAUUUGCACUUCGUCCGCCUGUAGCAAUGAGGAAUAUUGAUUUUUUUUUCUACUUUGUGGCUUUGCAACCUUUUAGGACCCUGGGUUGUGGCCACUUCCAGUUACAGCCGAGCUGAGUUUCUUUGGAAACUCUUUCUUUCUUUUUUUUUUCUCCCAACCAAGAGAAAAGGAAAGGCAGACGAAAACCGAGAAGGUCUCAUACCAGACGCAACCCAGGGGUUUUGCAGGAAGGAAGCGGUUGUUAUCAGAUCCGUUUUAUCUGGUGUGGCUAUCAGCCGCUUAGUUUUUUUAAACGGAAUCAUGAUGUUUCUGAUACGGCUGACAACCUGGUCUCGGCGCCCAUGUUAGCACUGACGUGUGUGAAGUCCGGCUGUCGGCGUGGAUGUCCAUCGCACAGCAAUACCGCACAAGGCCCAAAAGAAGUGUGGACCACAGGCAGCCUGCAUCCUGCACCUGAGCGCGUACUGCAUCCUGCACCUGAGCGAGUACUCUGUGAGCUGAUCCUGUUUAGUCUGUGUGCCUCCCGUGCAGCAUAGUGUCAUGCAGUUAUUCUUGCCUUUUGCAUUCGUAGCCAUGUUGCACAACUGUCGUCGUGUUCUGCCUCAAAACAGCUGUGCAGAAAUGAGUGUUCACCCGUCUCCUACAUAGCAGACACUGCUGCUGAAAGCAGCACUGUGUUCAGUGCAGCUCCGCACACAGGCUCUUCCCAGACUCCUGAGCACGAGAAUGUGUGGAAUGUGAAAGCUGCCUGAAAGACCUCUAAUUAGUUCAAUUAGAAAUCUAGGCCUAAGGUCACUGCGAAGGGGUCCACUGUAUCCCUGCUGAUUGUUGGGUUAUGCUGUAGUGAUGUCUCCUGUGUCUGUUGUUUUUUUUUUUGAUGGUUGACGAUGUGGAAUAUUUUGCCAUUGUUUUUAUAUCUGCCCAGGUUGAAAUUCGUUGAUCCUGUUUAAUCAGCUGGGCUCUCUGCUACAGCCUCUGAAAUGGCAAAAGGAGUAAUAAGGACUCUUGCAGGUCUGACUCUGGCCAUUCUUGCUCCUUCCCUGCCUUUUGGCUUCAAGGGAGAAGUAGCAUUGAUCUGGAGGAGCCCAUGGACAUUGCUGCAAGCUUUCCAGUGCCUGGUGGAGAUUGGGACUCACUGCUGUGGAAAGGCGCUGGAUCUAAUGCUGGCUGAAGCCCUUUGUAAUCCAGAUAUCUCUGCUAGGACCGGGGCGGUGUACACAGUGGCAUCCCACUACUUCUGUGCCUUCAGAGCCUGAGUCAAGAUCUCCUCCCCCUGCCGCUCAAUAGCGACCCCUGUGGUUGCCUACUGCCUCUACACUUGGAGCUGAUGUCAGUUGUACUGGUGCAGGGCUUGCUGUAGGAAUCAGAGCGAUGAAUCAUUUACUGUGCAGCACUUAAAACAAAGACUCCUGCUUGUAAUCUGUGCUUCUUUUGAGCCAGAACGUGCUCAGUGUCAGACUGUCCACCCUCCAGGACCUCUCAAGGCUUUUUUUAAUUGUGCAUUUUUAACCCCAUUUGUGUACAAAUGGCAAACAGGCAGUAAAAUAUACAGACGCACUACCAGAACAAUUGCUUCUGAAAACUGUUAAACCCUCUAGAAGCCAGCAGGCGGUUGUGAGCUGUGCUGCUGACGUGGUCGCUGAUGGGUAGGAACAAAAUGAGGAGUGAGAAGCCCCCGAAGGUUCAUCAAGACGAUGUUAAUCUGGGUAAUCAACAUCAAGGACUUCUGAGUGUUUGGACUACUGAACAGUUUGAAUUUCAUCAAUCCAAACACACAGAGCUAAUCAUGGAAGAAACUGCUCUGGGCAGCGUGACGUGGAGAAAGGUUCACCAAAAACCUCUCGCCUGACAAGAUCAACCUGAGCACGCUGAAGGGCGAGGGUCAACUGUCCAACCUGGAGCUGGACGAGGAAGUCCUGCAGAACAUGCUGGACCUGCCCACCUGGCUCGCCGUCACCCGCGUCUUCUGCAACAAGGCGGCAAUCAGGAUACAAUGGACAAAGCUGAAGACCAGCCCGAUCUGUUUGUUCCUGGACAAGGUGGAGGUGGAAAUGAGGACAUGUGAGGAGCCACGCCCCCCAAACGGCCCCUCCCCCAUCGCCAUAACAGCAGGGCAAAGUGAGUACGGUUUCGCCGAGAAGGUGGUGGAGGGUAUGUCCGUGGUCAUCAACUCCAUCACCAUCAAGGUGCGGGCCCAGGCCUUCCACGCCUCCUUCGAGCUCUGGCAGCUGCAGGGCAACAGCCUGAACCCCAGGUGGCAGCGCAGCGACCUCCGCUACACCCGCAUCACCGACCCCAAGAGAGGAGAGGUGCUGACGUUUAAGGAGAUCAACUGGCAGAGCCUGCGAAUCGAGGCGGACGCCAUCGAGGGCGGCGAGCAGGACCUGGGCAGCACCCCCCUGCGCCUCAUCACCAACCAGGGCAGGAUCCGCAUCGCGCUCAAGCGCCGGGUGAAGGACUGUAAUGUGCUGGCUUCCAAGCUGCUCUUCAUACUGGACGACCUGCUGUGGGUGCUGACGGACUCGCAGCUGAAGGCCCUCAUCCGUUACGCCCAGUCCCUCAGCGAGGCCAUCGAGAAGUCCGCGCAGCAGCGCAAGAACCUGGCCUCCGACGGCCUGCAGACUGCGCCGCCCUCCCCUGGCUCUCACCUGCCCUGGGCGGAGCCCGCGCCGCCCCCCAGCGGAGCCCCCAGCACCCUCAGCCAGUACUUCGAGCUCCAUGACGUCAAGGAGUCUUCCUACCAUACGCUCAUUUCUCGGCUGGACCUGCACAUCUGCAAUGACAGCUCGGCGGAAGACCCUGAGGAGCCUCGGUCCUGGAGCUCCACAGGAGCCAUGCAGCUGACCUUCCGAAUGCUGGGCUUUGACUACUACCCCUUCCACCGGCCAGGCGACGGGUGCCGUCACUGGGAGCGACACUGCGGCGCCAUGGAAACCCGGGCGCAGUGGGCGGGGAAGCUGCUGCAGGAGUUCCAGAGGCAGGCAGAGGCGGGAGCAGGGCCCCCGGGGUCACUCGGAGGCUCCCCCAUGGCUAGCAGGGAGUCACCCUACAAGCGCGCGCCAGCUGACGGAGCGUCCAGCCCCCCUGAGUGUCCGCGGGCCUCCCCGGCGCCCCCUUCCCCCCACAGGCUUCCCUGGAAGCGCCUGCGUGCCAGCUGUGUGGUGGUCAGAGUGGACGACCUGGACAUCCAUCAGGUAUCCACAGGGGGGCGCCACAGCAAGAAGCCCCAAUCCCUGAUGACUUGUAACCGGAGGUCCCUGCAUCUCCCAGACACUGUAUCGGCCAUCCACUUCCAGUUCAUGGAGUACUACUUCCCUGACAACCCUCAGCUGCCUGUGCCAUGCUCCAACCUGUACCUCCAGCUGAACGGGCUGCAGCUGUGCCUGGACCCUGCCAGCCUGGUGUGGAUGAACCUGUUCGCUCAGGGGCUGCGGCGCUCUCUGGAGCAGGUCAAGGCCUUCUACAAGCUGCAGGAUUCUGGGAAGGCGGAGGAGCACGUGGACGUGCGGAUGGAUGCGUCGCAGCUGAAGCUGCUGGUCCCACUGGACUCCUCCAUCCUCGACCACCCCGACCGGCCCCAGACCCUGUGCAUCCACGUCUGGCAGGCCGUCAUGACCAACACGCGCCACUCCACUCAUGGCACGCGCGCCGACCUCCAGGGCGUCUACCACUCCUUCGCCGCCUGCCCUUUCUUCCAGCCGUCGGCCGAUCCCGGAUUCCCCAGGGACCAGGCCAGCUUCCACCCCCUGCCCCCGGCCUUCCUGCAGCACGCCCUGGAAGAGGACCCGCCCCCGGACCCCCUGAACACGGAGAAGCCCCCUCGUGCCCAGGACGUGUGGGCCCUCAGCCUCUCCAGACUGGCGCUGGACUUCGAAGGGGCACGGAGAGGCCCCCGGGGCAGACCCCUGCCUUUCGUCGAGCCGUUCGCCGCAUCCCUGUGGAUAUGCCGCCCCACAGCCUUCCAGCACCAGCUGCUCUCUCCCUCGCACGCCUUCCCGUCUCGGACCGCCGCCAACACGAGGCUCCGCUCAUCGGUCAGCUGCGACAACCACAUCGGCUGCUCCCCGGUCCCGGAGGGGCCUGGGAACAAGCCCAAGUCCAGGACCGUCCAAAACCUGGCUGAUCUGAGCUGGCCGGCAGGGAAGACAGCCGGGGCCUCCCUGCAGCAGAACGGAGAGGCGAUCCGACAGGCUUCUGUCCACGUUUUGGCCCAGACCUUAUCCCCGGUCAAGCUGUGGCUCAAUCACUACCAGUACGUGGCUCUGCUCCGGAUGAAGGACACCCUGGCCAGCCUGGCCGCCGAGCUGACCAGGGACGUCCGGCAGGACGCGGGGCAGCAGGCGCCGGCCCCCAGCGUCAGCCUGGGGCUGCUGCUGGAGAGCGUGGAAGCCGGAGUCCUGCUGCCUCCGGCUGCCACGGAGCCGGAGGAGGCGCGCUCCCCCGCGGAGACGGACAGCCCCAGCCUGACCGACUCGGAGCUCUCCCCUCUGAAGGGGCCUCCUCCUGGCGGGGCGCCGCCGGACACGGGGGAGCUGGAGCUGCCGGUGGAGGAGGCCUGCGAGGCCGUGGAGGAGGAGGAGGAGAGCGGGGCGGGCCUGUCCCCGCCGCUCUCGCCCCCCGCCCGCCCUCUGCGGUCCCGGGACCCCUCCUCCUUCAGCCUGGAGGGGGAGCUGGCCAGUGCCCUGACCGCCACCAAGGACGCCACCAAGGAAGCUCUGAGCGCCUCCCUGGACCUCACCAAGGAAGCCAUCUCCAUCACCAAGGAUGCCUUCAGCGUCCUGAGCCGGGAGAAGAUGAGCUCCACCAUGCACAAGAUGCUCUUCACUCCCCAGAGCAGGGAUCAGCCAUCUCGCCCCGAGGAUCCCCCGGGCAACCUGCGUGUGCAGAGCAUGAAGCACUCCCCAUCCCAGCAUUCCUUCGAGAGCUCCUCCCUGGACGGCAGCCUGCCUGACGAUGGGCUGUCCGUGGACAGUGACAGCAGCGAGAACUUCGUCAUCCUGAUGGACUCUGAGUCAGGGAUGGAGUCCAUGCGCCCCGACAGCACCCCUUCUCUGCUGGUGGACCAAGUGAGCCGGGGCAGUCCUGCACUGGGCACCGAGGGGGGAUCCUCUGCGGACCUGAGCAGUUCCCUGUCCCAGAGCACAGAGGACAUAUCUCAGGACACGGUGUCCGUGUUGCUCCUGCGGCUCAGAACAGUGGGCUGCAUGGUAGAUGUGCAGGGGGAUGACCUGGUGGUGGCGCUGGAGUCUCGGGACCUAGUGCCCGAGCAACUGGGGAAUAUGAAAGUGAUGCAGCUCCUGAGUGGACAGGCCCCAUGUGCACCAUUGGCCCACAAGCCUCCAUCCCCUGAGCAGAAUGCCACUCCGGUGGCAAGGAUGCGGAUAGCGAUGGGCCCAGCAGCCGCCCACCAUUCCCCCCUCUCCGAGACUGUCGGCUUCCUGGAGCUGAAGCUAAAUGGCUGCCAGGCCGACCUCCUGACCUCCACACUGGCCACUAUUGGGCCCUUCCUGGAGGAUGAGCUGAGUGCUGAUGUGCAGCCCAUGAGGAUCCACCUGGACAACACCACUAUCACCCUGAAGGAUGACGGGCCCAGGAUCUAUCCCACCUCCCCUCAGCCUGUGCCCGUGAUCUUCUCCAUAGACCGUGUCCUCUUGGAGCGCACAGAUGAUGGAGUCUUCAGGCUGAGAGCCCGCGAGUCAGAAACGCCUGCUCAGACUGUUGCUAGGGGUGAGCAGGACACAGAGACCGUGAGUGGAGCAUGUUGGGAACAAUCAGACCCUGUGGACUGUGACAGUGCUGGACAGGAAGAUAAGGUACCAGAAAAACAGAGUUCGCACCUCCAGUCCCGGCUGGCCCAGACGGAGGCUGCCCUCGCUCGGGCCAGCACAGAUCGCGAGCGCCUCCUGCUGGAGAUCAGGAAAUACGAUCCCCUGUUCAACCUCUAACCUCUGCCGCUAGCCCAGUGGCCGGGCUUGCAGGACUGCGUGCUCGGCUGUCAGUUGGAGAGCUGCGGGAAUGCAGGUGCAAGACCAAAACUGAGGGGUACGGGAGGUGGGCUGGGGGCAGAGAAGGAGAAGAGCCUUUAUAUGUUAAAAAAGCAGGACAGGCACAACACUCCAUGACUUCUAGGACACCUGAGGAUGGGAAGCGCUCUUCAGAGGUUUGUUAAACCCACGGAAUUUAAUUUGGCUUCAGAUUCUUAACCCGUGUUGCCAGCAGGGAAAUAGAAGCAGAGCUGGGCUUCGCAGGACGGCAGGAAUCUAGAUGUGCACCAGACCUACACCGCCGGGCUCCUCUGGGUCAGUCUCUGUCCAAAGUACAGAGCAGAAACCAUGCCUGGCAGAGGCUUGGAUCAGACCCCUUUCCCAUCUGUCUUGGCCACCCCGUCACAGCGCUCAAGAAGAGUUCUUACGUCAUCGUAAUGUUCGCUUGUCCACUCAGCUGGGAUGUGUGCCUUGCAGAUCCCACUGCGGCGCACAGACCUGUUUUUAUUUCAUACCACCCCCUGGGCCCUCGUCCUCCUCUGUCCCCUCACCGCGGGACAUGACUGCCCAUGGCACUUCUUCAUCGUGAGUCUUUUGGCGUUCCGUCAGGCGGCUCUUCUCCCCAGACCUCUGACUGAAUCGCCCAGCGGAUCCGUAUCUGUAGCCUCCUCUCAUUUCCCAGUUCAGGAUCCACGCACAACGCCCAUACGAAACUGGUGGAAUCGUUUUCCGGGACGGACAGACGAUCCCCCUGACAUGACCGCACGCGCACCUGUGGCGACACGGAAGAUCUCAGCGGAUGUGUCCCGGUUUCGUUGUCUUGCCAAGCUUUCGGGACGUCCCGAUUAACACACUGCCAGAGGGUGAAUUCUUAUGGUGGGCGCCCACCCCUCACAACACCACACUUGAAUGGCCUUCCAGGCCUGUUUCUGAAGGCUUUUUGAGAAUGUAGGUGUGAGUUUACAAUAGACACAAAGUUGCCAAAAGCUAAAGCGAACACUUGACAGACUUGCGAUGUACAGCUGAUAUACCAUGUAUAUGUGUACAUACUGUAUUUAACUUAGGAUUAGAUAAUAAUCAUUUCUGUAAGGAGGAGAGCGUAAGUGAUGUUCAGCACUUUGAGGACCUACAAGAAGACUUGACAGCGCACUUGACUUAUUUAAGACACGUGAGCCACAGUCCUUCCACAAUGUUUGAACUGUUCCUCACUUGAAUGUUUUUAUGGUCAGAAGGUGACAUGAAAGAAAUUGACCUCUGGCUUACGUCCUGUUGGCUGGACUGGCACCCAAGGGGUUCCGUUACUUGAGGAAAGAUGGAACCUGGACCACACCGAGUACUGCACACCGGGGAUGAACCUGUUUACACAGGUCUCCCUGCCAGGCUCCUGUCUCACUCAAGCUGAGCAGAAAGCCAUAGCCUCUUUUUUUUUACUCCUGGACUCCCGUUCGCUUUGCAAGACGGCUCUCGGACUGAAUGCGGCGAAUUCCUCAUUUCCAUUGACUGGCCCGGUCCGUUCUCUGCAUCCGUGUCCUCGGAGAGGGAAGAUGUGGGAGUUGAUACGGCGUUAGAUAAGUGCUAAUCGAACUGCCUUGAACCUCCAGUGGAGCUCUUUAUACCAAGUGCCGGAAAACCGACAAAAGACGAUGAAAGCUGACACUUGCGAAUAUAUGCCAACAUAUGUGAUGCCAGGGACUCACUGUCCCCGGUUUUAUGGUGCCAAAAGGGCGGCUGGCACGUAAAGGGUUUGUCUGGCGUGCCAAAGCUAAAGGCCUCCGAGUCACUUUUUUAUCAUGAAAUGUUUUUGAAGGUGGUUUUUCACCAAUCACUCAUCCUAAAGUUAACUUGGUUGGUGAACUCCAAAAGCGAAGGCUGAAAUAUAAAGUUACCUCCGAUUGCUAAACUGAAAACAAUCUGAUUGUGUGAGGAAUGGCUGUCGUAUCCGUGCCGUAGGCAAGAUCUAUCGAUCUUAUCGUUUUUCCUCACUGGGAAGAUAUGUUUUUAUCUUGGGAACUGACGUUACGGUGUUUGCUUCUGCGCACGUGGGGUGGAUUUGGGAUUUUAAAGUGGGUCAAAAAGUACAUAUGCACGUUUGUACAUGUUGUGCAGCAGUAUAUUUGUAGCAGAUUGGUUACAUUUUUAUCACAUCUAUCUGUUUAGUCCAAUUUGUAAUUUGUAAAGGUGGUAUUAGCUGCCUUUUUUUGACAGAGAUGUACACAACUCUUCUGAAUCAUUUUCUGUUUUAUUUUGUGUGGAACAAAGGCAUUUUUUAGGUAAGACACAUUUUCUACAGGUCUCCGGGAGCUGAUGUUGCACCAUGUUAAUUCUCAGUGUGAGUGGUUAAUACUGAAGAUGGAUAACUUACUACUGAGUGAAAUCUAUGCAGCAGUUUUCCAAGAUGUAGACACCUACAGAAUUGUAAGGUAAACUUCUACCUUCAGUGUGUAACCACACUAGGUGGCAGUAAACUCAGUCUUUGGGCAUGAGGUUACAGUGCUGCUCACUGCUGCUGUAUAGAAAUGUGCUCUUGAGCCAGGAGGUGGCAGUAGAGAAACUUGUCUUCUGUGGUUCUAAAGGACAGUGGAGUGUAGGACAGUGUCCUCUUCUGACUGUGGCGUCUUAAACAGAGUUCACUCUUGACUGCUCACACCAGGCCUCAGGGUCCACAGAGCCUCUCCAGGCUGUUCUUACAAAAUCCUGCAGAUCUCUCACCCUAUUUAAAAGGGUUGAAAAUAACACUAACAAAAACAAAUGUGCACCAAGUGUGAUUUAGAACCUGUUCAGACUUGUGUGAGUUUAACUUGGCUGCAGAAUCAGUGUUUCUGAUUUUUGCUUUGUCUGUGCUCUUGCUCUUACUUAACAAAGCAAAAAAUGGUUUUGUUUUUAUUCUGGGUAAAAGCAGAAGCUAGAUUGGAAGUUAACUGAAAGUUUUCAGUUAUUCUAAUGAAUGAUCUUUAAAAGGGGCAAUGUUCCUUUUCUUGUUUCCAAGAAGCUUCUCUAUCAGUUCCCCUAACUCCUAAGCACAUGGUUGCCGAGCGUGGACUCAACCUUUCUCAGACAAUGAGACUGGGUAUAGAUGUGUGCUCUCUCUACACUUUAUUCUGGUUCCAAACUAAUUGCUGCCAUUAAUUGAUCUGAUUGCGUGUUCUGUACUCAGGCUUCAGUUUCACAAAAACCAUAGUACAGUUGUUCUCAGUCCUGGUCUUUUGUUUAUAAGGCCUUUUGUCAAAUUUGCUUUCAACUCUUAGAAGGCAGAAAGAGACUUGUAAUUGGUAUGAACCUUGUGCUAACGGAUUUCAGGGCUGCCAUCAAUCAGAUGUGCUAAUAUAUCAGAAAUAUAAAGCUGAAAUCUAAUUUGAGUUAAGUAGAAGGAAAAACAGUGAUUUACUGUGGGGGUGUCAAAUACUGUCAUUCCCUCCUGUGCCUCUUCACCAUAACUUGAUAACAUUUUAAGAGCUGUUUAGUCAGAAAUGGGACAGAGUUUAUUAAGGUUUUGUUCUGACGUUGUUGGAAAUAAUGUAUUUUUGAAUACGGGGCCUGGGUGCAGCAAGCAGAUCAAUCACCAAAACCUGUUUAUUUUGGGGCAUCUCUGUUUCUUGUGGCUCAUACACCCCCAGCGUCUUAGAUGUUCUGUACAGCUCUAAAUACACACUGAAUGUGAUAUCUGCACUAGACCUAAGGGCAGUACCUACCCAGUCUGCCCUUGUCAAGCUGGGUAUGUGAUUAAAGAGCAAUGGUGGCUUGAUAUAACUGAAAGCCUGUCUAUCCCAAAUUUCAACCUUUAAUUUAUCCACUGAUGAUCCAGUAAUUUGACUGUUCACUUUAAAAUGAAUGAUCGAGGUCAGAGAAUCAAGUCUGGUUUGAGGAUAGCAAAAGAAACACUUUGUAGAUCACACAAGUGUUAAAAACUCCCCCACAGUAGUGGUCUUUCAAGAACGUGGAAGAGCGUGCUUUCAAAUUGUGUGGCACAAGAACUGCGAGACCAUUAAUGUAUUUUGAAAAUGAACAUUAAUCGGGUUUUUUUCAUCUACAUUACCCCAUGAGAAGAAAUUAUUGGAUCACAAUUUUAUUGUCUGAAAUACUCUUGAUUUUUUGCUAAUCCGUAGUUGAUUUUGAGAUUGUAGAGCAGAGAAUGUUGUGGUGCUCUGGGAGGGGGGAGAGGAAGUGCCACAAAUGUUAACCUGAAGAGAAUGAAAGUGUAUUUGUUUUACACUUGCAAAGUAAAACAGUUCAAAAGGUUAUUCCAGCACAAGGCUACAAGCUCAGUUCCUACAUUUUAAGGUCUUAUGGUCAUGUGAUUACCAACAAUAUGCCAUGUUGGCCUCUCAUUCUGGUAUUCAAAAUACUAUUCCACUAGCCUACGUUUUUCAGCAUUCUUGAACAGUGCAGGCCAGAGCCUUUCGGAAAGUGGUCUGAGCUUGUGGCGACACGUUGGCACCGUGGUUAGCAUUGCGGCCCUGCGUUCAGUGCCAGAUCUGAGGUGCCACAAUCCAAAGACAUACUGGUAAGGUAACUGGCCCUGGUGUGAGUGCGAGUUUGCGUCUGCCCUGUGAUGGACUGGCGUCCCGUCCAGGCUGUAUCCAGUCUUCCACGUGUUGCUUGCUGGGAAAAGCUCCGGCUCCCCUGCAUUGGAUGAAGUGGUUGGAAAUAUAGAUGUGUAUAUACAGAUAAAACAGAUAUAUAGAUGGAUGAUUUGAGCUUGUCUCUCUUGGUAGUAAUAAUGCUUGCACUUAUGAGAAAAAUGACUACAGCCCUGUCCCAGAAAAAGCACCAAACACACAUUGGUCAAUGUUUUGGAAGAGUUGCUUCAUCUACUAAAAUCAACUAUGAUAUUCAGAGUUUGAACUAUAAAGUUCACUCUAAGCCAAUGUGAGACAAACUGCACGACCUUGAACUUAUAUAUGUAACUCAGAAAAUACUCCUUGGGUAUGAUGGCUUUUCAAGCUUGAUGGGAUAAUUCUGGAGUCUGUGACAGUAUUUUAACUUAUUUAUAGAGUUUUGCUUUUAUUUAAAAUUUUUAGACUUGUGGUUUUUAAUGUUAUUAUAUAUUUAAAAAAAUGGGUUCUGUGAACCAGUACUGUACGUGAGAGGCUAUUUCUAAGUUAUAUUAAUAAAAAAUCUAACAUCUCUCUGCUG